UCUGCAGCUUUGACUUUGGUUGAAAUGCAGUUGACUUCCCCACCUCAGCAUACUCUGCUUGCCAGUGAAAGUACUGCCUUCAACACAAAUAUUCAGCCUGAGAGAAGUGCACCAAGUAGGACAUCGUCAGAAGUGAUGAAGAAAAGGCGAAUACGUCGAACACCCCAACAACAAAUAGAAGAACUCCGCCGCAAGCUCAAUCUUGCCUACAAAAAAAUACGUAAACUUGAAAAGAAAGUGCAAGCGUUGGAGAGUGAUUCCAGGGGACACCUGUCCAGGGACCAGCUGGUGUGCAUACAAAACACAGAUAUGCGAGGCAACAUGUGGUCAGAAGAAACGAUAAAAAAGGCCCUCCAUAUUCGACUGAGCUGUGGACGUGGCGGCUACGCCUUCCUGAGGGAUUCCAAGUCUUUGCCACUUCCGUGUGAACGUGUGCUUCUCAAACGAAUUGCAGGCAUCAAGUUUGCACCAGGAAUACUCGAGGAGCUGCUUCCUGCACUUGAAUGCAAGGUUAAGACCAUGGCACCUUCUGAAAGACAUGCUGUCCUCUUAGUUGACGAGAUGCAGCUUACUCCGGGACUGGACUACGACUCGUCAACAAAAACUGUCAUCGGGUACUCCAGCAUCCGUUUGUCAGAAAAGUCUUCUGGUGCCAUCCAUGCCACCCAUGGAUUGGUCUUGAUGCUAGCAGGGCUAUCGUCGAGAUGGAAGCAGACAGUGGGGUACCAUUUUACUGGUGAUUCUGUGUCUCCUGCCAUGUUGAAGGAAGUGAUCUUCACGACUAUCGCCAAGUGUGAAGCAAUAGGUUUGACUGUGGAUGCCAUCAUUUCCGACAUGGGCAGUGCUUCUACUUGCCAGAAGAUGUUGUUGCUCUUCACAAGCUUCCAACUAAUGACGUAGAGCCGAACA